AUGAGUGAUGAAAAAAGGUCUCGGAGCUCUUCUAGAGAGAAGCAUGGGAGAAGCAGAGAGAAGUCAUCUUCAGGGAACAAAAAAGAGAAGAUGGCACACAGACAGAAAGCCAACAAAGAGAGGCAGCAAUCCAAUCAGAAUAAAUUUAAAAAGGACACCAAAAGCACCCUUCAAGCAGGCAACCAAAUCCAUACUUCCACAGUGGUUGAUGUGGAUGAUGUGGUGUCAUUUGAUGAAGAAAUGGAGGUGAUGGCCUUGCUUGAGAGUGAGAAGCAGGAGGAAGGUUUGAAGUCUCCAGGUUUUGGCAUCUGUGAGUGGCUUCUUGUCAUCCUCUCACUCCUUCUCAUCAUAAUCACAUUUCCCAUUUCCAUCUGGUUCUGUAUGAAGAUUGUACGGGAAUAUGAGAGAGCUGUUUUAUUCCGAUUUGGGCAUAUUCUUCAUGGAAGGCCAAGAGGGCCUGGCUUAUUUUUUCUCCUUCCCUGUCUGGAUACUUACCACAAAAUAGACAUUCGUCUCAAAACUUUAGAGAUUCCUUUCUGUGAGGUGAUCACCAGUGAUAUGGCUGUUUUAGAAUUAAAUACUGUCUGCUACUAUCGAAUGGAGAACGUUACUCUGCUGAUGACCACCCUCGCUAAUCGUUCUAAUGCAGUUCAGGUGCUGAUACAGACUAUCACAAAGCGCUUGCUGGCACAUCGGACUUUCACUGACAUUCUGAUGGAGAGAAAGAAUAUCAGCCAGGAGAUAAAGGUGGCUGUGGAUGCUAUCACCUGUAAGUGGGGGAUCAAAGUGGAGCUGACAGAAAUUAAAGACAUUCGGCUGCCAGCUGAGCUCCAGGUGUCACUAUCUGCACAAGCAGAAGCCCAGCGUCAUGCUAAAGUGAGGGUGAUCGCUGCUGAAGGUGAAAAAGCUGCUUCUGAAUCUCUGAAGAUAGCAGCUGAGGCAUUGUCCCAUACUCCAGCUGCUAUCCAGCUCCGUUACCUCCACAUUCUGCAGAACUUGUCUUCUGAAAAACCUCCAACCCUUGUCCUGCCUUUACCCUUUGACCCCCUGAGCCUUUCAGUUGCAGUAAAUCAAACAUCCACUGGCUACAACCCCUCAGGUUGUGACAAUAAUCCAGAAACGUCCAAGGGCAAGGAUUCCCACAUGUUGUAG